UUUACCCUGAAAUGAGAAAUUAGAUGUCAAUAUUCCGAAUCUUGGACCACAGUGACGAUGCUAAGGCUGGAGACAGUACAACUGAGUCUGCGUCGAAGUUCCUGCUUCUGCGAAUGUAACCAGAGCUCCUCGGCACGGGGCCCCUUCCGGGUCCCAAGGCCAAACGCUCUCGGCGCGGAAGCAACGCUUUUCAAUCCCGGAGCGGCGCUCCCGCGCUGGGCCGGACUCGGGGCCGCCGUCGCUGUGGGCGGGGCCGGCUGGUGAAGGAGUGCUUCCGGGGUCAGCGCCGGGGAUGGCGGGAGACCCGGAACAGAAUGGCGGAGGUGGCGGAUGUGAGUGAGGCUCGGAGCCGGGAGCAGUUGUCGUUGUGGGAGCGCGGCCCGGAGCCCAGCGCCCCGCUCACCGACGCCCAGCGGCGCAGCGUGGCCGAGCUCCGGGCUGCCGCCGACAACACGCCCUUACCGGCCGAGUUGCCAAUUGAGGAUCUUUGCAGCCUGACAUCCCGAUCCAUCACUGUCCCUCUUACUGCUGCAGUUCCUGAAUCCACUGAGGAUGUUCUUCUCAAAGGUUUUACUGCCUUGAACAUGGAAAAUGAGAAAAUUGAAACUGCCCAACAGUUCUUUUCCUGUUUCUCCAAAAUUCAGACGCAAAUGGAUCAAGAUGAGGAAUUAAAAUACAGAGAAUUGAAGGAUUAUCUCUAUGGCUUUCAGGAGCACUGUGAUGCAAUACUGAAUGAUGUAAACACUGCCUUGCUGCACUUGGAGUCUUUGCAGAGACAGUAUCUAUUUGUAUCAACUAAAACAGGCACGCUUCAUGAAGCAUGUGAGCAGCUCCUGAGAGAACAGUCUGAGCUAGUUGACCUCGCUGAGAGUAUCCAGCAGAAGCUUUCAUAUUUCAACCAGUUGGAAAACAUAAAUGCAAAACUGAAUUCACCCACAUUAUCUGUGAACAGUGAAGGAUUUAUACCAACUCUUGCCAAGCUGGAUGACUGUAUAACCUAUGUAUCAUCACAUCCCAGUUUUAGAGACUAUCCUGUUUAUUUAGCAAAGUUUAAGCAAUGCCUAUCCAAAGCCAUGCAUCUUAUGAAGACUUAUACUGUGAAUACACUUCAGAACCUCUCCACUCAACUAACAAAAAAAGAUCCCACAGUUAUAUCGAACACUGAUAAUGCCUUUACAUUGUUUUAUGUGAAAUUCAGAUCUGCAGCGCCUAAAGUACGGUCUCUGAUUGAACAGAUUGAGCAAAGAACUGACAAGAGCCCUGAGUAUCAGCAGCUACUGAGUGAGGUCCAUCAGUGUUACCUCGAUCAGAGGGGAUUCCUGCUGGGUCCAAGCAUUGCCACCACUAUUGCUGACCUGACCAGCCAAAAUAACAAGGAUCACUGUGCUCUGGUUCGCAGUGGGUGUGCUUUUCUGGUUCAUGUUUGUCAGGAUGAACAUCGGCUAUAUAAUGAAUUUUUUACAAAGCCAACAUCCAAACUAGAUGAGCUGUUGGAGAGGCUGUGCGUCUCAUGGUAUGAUGUGUUUCGACCACUCAUUAUCCACGUCAACCACCUGGAGACUUUGUCAGAGCUGUGUGGAAUCUUAAAAAAUGAGAUGCUGGAGGACCACGUGCAGAACAACGUGGAGCAGCUGGGUGCCUUUUCUACGGUGGCAAAGCAGAUGCUGGAAGAUGUACAGGAGCGACUAGUAUACCGGACUCACAUCUACAUUCAGACAGACAUUGUGGGUUAUAAACCGGCACCCGGUGACCUGGCAUACCCUGACAAACUUGAAAUGAUGGAGCAAAUUGCACAGAGUUUGAAGGAUGAACAGAAGAAACUGCCCUCAGCUGAUUCGUCUUUGACUGAAGUUCAGCUGGAAGAUCCUGAUUCAAAAAAUGUCAUUAAAUCAGGUAACUCAGAAGCCCUGAAUCCCCGGCCUCAGUCGGUUAUUUCCCCGGCCGAUUUACAUGGCAUGUGGUACCCUACAGUUCGCAGAACACUGGUUUGUCUUUCGAAACUUUACAGAUGCAUUGAUCGGACGGUCUUUCAGGGUCUGUCACAGGAAGCCCUGUCUGCCUGUAUCCACUCAUUACUGAGCGCUGCUGGUUCAAUCACUAAAAACAAGACUCUGACGGAUGGACAGCUCUUCCUUAUCAAGCAUCUUCUGAUCCUUCGGGAACAGAUUGCUCCUUUCCAUACUGACUUUGCCAUUAAGGAAAUUUCCCUGGACCUGAAAAAGACUAGAGAGGCAGCAUUUAAAAUGCUGAAUCCCAGAUCUGUUCCCAGACUAUUCAGAUUGAGCAGCAACAAUUCCAUCCUCGAAUUCCUGCUUGAGGGCUCUCCAGAGAUCAAGGAACAUUACAUAGACUCAAAAAAGGAAGUGGACCGUAAUUUGAAGUCAGCCUGUGAGAAGUUCAUUCAGCACCAAACCAAGAUCUUUGUAGGACACCUGGAAGAAUUUAUGACCAAAGUGUCAGCAUUAAAAACCAUGGGUCAUCAGGGCGGGCCAAAAUACAGCCUCGCACAGCAGCCCUGGGCACAGCCAGCAAAAAUAAAUGAUUUGGUGGCCUCCACAUACAAAACAAUUAAAGUCAAGCUUCCUACGACUCUGAAAAGUCUGUCCUUGUAUUUGUCCAAUAAGGAUACGGAGUUCAUUCUAUUUAAGCCUGUGCGGAGCAACAUCCAACAGACAUUCCAGAAACUGGAAGGGCUAUUACAGGAGGAUUUCAGUGGUGAAGAUUUGCAGAUCAUAGCUUGUCCUUCCAUGGACCAGGUAAACCUGCUGUUGUCAGCUUCUAAUUAGAAUCCUUAUCACACAGUGGAGAGAAAAUGGGGAUAACUAAAACUGUGUAAUAACUGAGCAAUGGAAGAUCCUUAAAGUGAAACAGCUGGCUGAAGAGGAUUUUGAGGAUCACCAACUAUAAUCCGUAGCCACCACAGAACUGUGUGUAAAAGUUAAAGGUGUUUGGUGAAGAACUUGACAUUACGCCAUUUACCUAUUCAGCUCCUCAAAGCCCAGGGUUUGCUGUGAAUGGAAAGUCACCUAUUUAUAAGUUCAGGUGAAGGGCCACCUGAUGUACAGUGAGUUCUUUAACGUCUGACCUGCCGACCAAAGACUGCUUCAUCACUGAAAGGCUGGGGUUCCUUAAACAGGCUUCUCAUUUCUCAAAGUCUGAACAGUUUUUUUUUAUUGACUGGUGUGUGUAUUUAUAUAUUUUCUAUAAACUAUACAGUUGUACAUUAAAAAAAACAUUGGAUUUGUUACUAACAUAAUACUGGCUGUAAAAGUUACACAAAUUAAUGAUGUAUUAAAGGAAGAUUGUAGUGUAUUAUAGCAAAGGGAAGUUCAGAUUGACUUUCUCUUUAGUCUUGUGUAAUCCACAAAAUCAACUUGUUGCUUUUUUUUGUUGUAGUUCUCUUAUCUUGUCAGGAUGAGGGUUGUUUGUGGAUUCACAAGUGACUGCAGAUGCUGGAGUCUAGAGGACACAGACUGCUGGUGGAACUCCGUAGGUCAGGCAGAAUCGUUGGAAGGAAAUGGACCAUCAGUGUUUCAGAUCAAGCCUGAAAUGUUGACCAUCCAUUCCUUCCACAGAUGCUGCCUGGCCCAGUGAGCUUCACCAGCAGUUCAUUUGCUGAGGCAUGUUAGCAUUAGGGAAUGGAAGUCUUCCCAUCUCAGAUAUCCUGUACAGUAGCACAGAGUAAAGUUCCCGCUCCUGUGCCUCAACCCCAAUCUCAAACACUCAAAUAGACCUUUACAAAUGACCCUUCCCAUUGCCCAGCCUUUGGCAGAGACACUAAGUUAACUGCAUGGACUGAGGUUACUCCAGGUCCCAAAAGUGAAGGUCAGUGUCCCAACCACUCGAUGCAUGUUCUGGGGCAGCAGAUCUAACCGGUGCUCCAGAGGUGGUUCGGACAAGAGAUUAGGCAGUGUAUUCUUGUAAUGCAUACUUAGUAGCUGACAUAACUCCUUUUUUCUCAGUUACCAAGCCACUGCUGAUUGAUUGGUUUACUAUUGUACGUGAAAUUUAAUUCCAUUUUCGCUGUCCUGCAUGAGUUUGAUACAAAUUUCUCAGCCUUGUAGGCCAAGCUGAAAUCAUGUACACUCAAUAGGCGAAUAUGGUUUUCUAUGCACUAUCUAUUCACUGAUUGCUAGAAGUAUGGCUAACAAUAUACUAUAAGUCACAGUAAAAGCUGUAGCAUCGAUUGGCAUGAAGAUCACUCACUGUGGAAGGCUUCCAUAGAGACAAAACACAAUUGCAGAUGCAGAUACUUGUUCUAUAAAUAUCCAAAUGUGGCAAGUCUCACUCUCCUCUUAAACUGCAGUAAUUUGAACUUUAAAGGUCGUUUGGUAAGUAUUUUAACAUUAACCGAUUUAACACUAAUCAAUUGAGAAUGGACAGUGUUGGAGUAGAUGAUUAAAUUGGAGUUAGAAUCACAAUGGUUGUAACACAAAAUUGAACUUUCUAAUCCUGUAGAGUUUACACCAGUUCUAUCUAAGAAUAAGAUUUCAGUCCUACACCCCACCCCCAAUCCCCUCUUCUCAUGGCCUGAAAAUUCUUUCUUUAGGGUAUUUUCACGGACAAAUCAGUUGCAGCCCCCUUAUCACUGCUAAAUGAAGAGUUGCCUUAAGGUAUUAAGCUGGAUGUAAUUAACUGCUCUCUCAAUCAAAGAUUAAUUUCCUACAUCAAUCCUGAAAUGAAAACACCAAAUUAGUUUACUAUCUGAUUACCAAUGCUUGUGCAAGUUUCACUUGUCCCAGUUUGCUUUCAAUUUUAGAUCUAGACCUUCAGUGUUAAUUAGGGCAGUAAUGUAAAAUGAUUUCUGAAGAAUCACUUGUCAUACUGUCAUCUAGACAGAUAAAUAAUUGUCUGAGAUGCUCAAAUGAAAAAUGAUAAAGCUGGUGUGAAGUGAGGAAGUUAUCACGUAUGGCAAUUGGUUUCAGUGAAAGGUUUUGGAUUUGAAAUAUUCCCUUCCAAUGAGUCCAUUUCCUCACUGCGACUUCUGUCCGAUAGACAGACACCAGGAAGGACAUUGUUCACCCAUGCCCAGUGAUGGGUAAACAAUACUGAGGCUCCUUUUUCUUUCAAGCCCAAGGCGCUACGCUGACAUGAGUUACUCUGGGUAUAAAAUAUCCUGAUUUACUUCUAACACUGAUGUGAUUCAUUCUCACCCACUUAGUUGCUGAGUUGAACAUUCUAUGGGAUUAAAAAUCUAUCCGUAUUUUAUUUUCAUGGUUGUCCAAAAAGUUUUCAGGUUGUCUUAUUUGAAACGCGUCCUGAAACAUGAAUGUAUAUGUUGUUAAGUAACAAUGAUUUUCUCUAUAAUAUAAUUAGGGGGAAAUGCACAAUGUACAUAGUUGGGUUCCUUUUAUGGAACAAAAUGACAUUUUACUGUUGUGUAAAUAAUUGUGGGCAAAAGUUAACAGUUAUCAUAAAGGGUAUAUCUGCAUUUUAUACUUUAGAAGCUUUUUUUUUGUUUUGACUCCUAGUUGAUGCUUAAAUCUACUUCUGAGACAGAUACAAUGAACAAGAACCCAAUUCACUGAUUCUGAUUACUUUUGGGUGUUUUAAAGGCUUUACAUAAUGUAAAAUGUAUGUACAGAGAGAUUAAUAAUAUAAACAUGCCUGUCCCCAUAGUUUCUCAAUGCAAUCUGAUAGUUUUAAUAAAAUGUUUUU